AAUAAGUGAAACAGUAUAAAAUAUGAUUGUAACUAAAUAUAGUGCUUAGAAUAAAAACCUUUAAACGUAGUUUUGAAGGUCCUAGGAAAUGAUACUUUUUCAAAAACUACAUUUCUGUUGUUUUGUGCUUACCAUUAUCGUCAGCUGUCAUGCACAUGUGACGCCGGCUUUCUUCUUUAUUCCUAUUGGCGGUAUGACUUUUUUAGUGAAGUCUACUGCUUGUUUGAGUUUUAGGUUAUUGUUAUUACCAAAGUUGACUUCGUCCUUUGCAAAUUUUGGAACUUCGAACCAUCAUCAAUAUCGAAUACGCAGAUACGCACCUCAGAACAGUAUGGAACUCGUAGAUAAAGCUAAAGAACAGGCUGCAUCCAGAGCAGUUGAUGACAACAUUAAGAAUAAUUCUAUCAUUGGUAUUGGAAGCGGCUCCACCAUAGUGUAUGCAGUGAAGCGGUUAGCUCAAAGAGUUCAUAAGGAAAAUCUUCAUGUUGUUUGUGUACCAACAUCUUUCCAAGCCCGACAGUUAAUCAUUGAACAUAAAUUGAUACUCAGCGAUCUAGAAAAUCAUCCACAGCUGGACCUGGCCAUUGAUGGAGCAGAUGAAGUAGACAAGGACAAGGUGUUGAUCAAAGGAGGUGGUGGCUGUUUGACUCAAGAGAAGAUCAUUGCGUCUUGCGCCAAGGAGCUGUACAUCAUUGCUGAUUAUACGAAAAAAUCUGUAAACCUAGGAGAGAAUUAUAAAAAGGGUAUUCCUAUUGAAGUUAUACCCAUGGCUUAUAUCCCCAUACAACUCAAGAUCCAGAAAAUGUUCGGUGGUGAAGCUAAACUUCGUAUGGCAAAAAUGAAAGCUGGCCCUGUUAUAACUGACAAUGGAAAUUUCAUUCUGGAUUGGUUUUUCCCAAGUGAUUCCUUGAAUUGGAGUAAGGUCGAUGUGUCAAUCAAAACAAUUCCUGGAGUCGUGGAGACAGGGCUUUUUGUUGGAAUGGCCAAAAAAAUCUACUUUGGGAUGGCUGAUGGAAGUGUUCAAGAAAUGGUAUAAUAAAUACUCAAAAGACUGAUGGUGAAUUUAGUGUUUUGAAAACAUGAUAUUCAUUCCAUUUGUAAGAAUGUUACAUUAUAUUAAUGUAACAUUCCAUAUACAGUAGAACUCCAACUAUCCAAUCUCCAACUAUCUGAAUUGCCAAUUAUCCAAGUAAUUUAUAUAAACAAUUAUAAAAACUUAAAACUACAGUACGUAAUAAAUUGUUAUAAGGCAGAAGCCGUGAUUGUGGCAAAAUGUUAAACUCAUCCCACAGUCGAGUACACAUCAUCAUUGUCCCCCGCGGUCACGGAAACAUCGUCAUUGUUUUGUUUUCCACAUUAGCAGCAAAAUCUUGAACAUCUUCCGCGGUCUUGUAUUUGACAUCAACAUUUUUUCCUGCGCUGAAUUAUUCUCUGAAAUCGCAGUGAAAGCAUGCAUUUUUCAAUCGCAAAAUCUUCGCAGAUGCGUUAUGCGAUUACAAUUCUGCAAAAUACCCCAAAUUUUUGUAAAAAUCCUGUUAUUGGAUUUUUUCAUACAAAUAGGGUACAGUCCCAAUUAAUUCAGAUAAUUGGGUUCUACUGCAGUGAGACAAUAAAAAGGCGUUCAAAUUUUGAAAAAAAGUAUUUAAUAUUAUUUUCUUAUUUGCAGAGAAAUAUUUUUUUUGUUUUUAAUACUUUUAUAUAUAUGCUAACUUACACCAAUAAACUUUUUAUAUACUGUU